CCGAAGACGGCUUUCCCCCUGUUGCUUCCUUCCGCCGUACCAACCCGUCCCUUUCCUCCGUCUCCCUCUUCUUCUUCACCUUCCCUUAUGCUGAACAACGCACGAUAACAAUAAUAUGAAUCCAUCGAACCUUUCUUCUUCCCCUUCGUUUGCUGUUGUUUAUGCUUGUAUUUGGGGACAGCACAGACAGCUGCCAAUUUUUACUCCAUUGUUGAAUCCUUCUUCUUCUUCUCUCUCUCUCUCUUGUACUCUGUCUCUCUGAUCUUAGUUAACGAUGGCUUUCUUCCUGCCCCACUUGAGAUAGGACGACCAAGAAGAGGUAAAUCAUACAAAAUGGACGGCGAGGAUCAUCCCUCCUCCUCCGGUACGCCGCGCAAGUUCCUCCUCCGGUCCGCCACUUGGACGGCCCGCUCAAAUUCCAAUUCCAACCCUAACCCUAACCCUAACCCUAAUCCAAAUUCUAAUCGGCCCCCCAAACCUGGCCGCCUCGCCCUCCCCCCUCCCCCGCCCCUCGCCGCCUGGCCCCGCCCCGCCUCUGACGACUCCGGCCACUGGCCCGCCACGCCCUCCACCGCCGCUGCCCCGGCCGCGGACGAUGGCGACGGCGACAUCUCCCGCGUGGACGACCACGUCUACCUGGGCGGCGACGCGGCGGCCCGCGAUCGCGCUGCUCUUCGUCGCAACGGCAUUACCCACGUGCUCAACUGCGCCGGCGGCGCCUGCCCCGACCACUUCCGCGGCGAGCUGGCAUACCGAACCCUGUGGCUCCGCGACUCCCCCGCCGAGGACCUCGCCUCCGUCCUCUACGACGCCUUCGACUUCCUCGAGCGCGCCCGCGUCGCCCCACGCGGCCGCGCGCUCGUCCACUGCCGUCGCGGCGCCUCCCGCUCCGCUGCCCUCGUCGUCGCCUACAUCAUGUGGCGCCGGGCGCUCCCUUUCGACGACGCCCUCCGCACCGUCCGCGCUGUGCGCCCCUCGGUGGAUCCCAACCUCGGCUUCGCCGCCCAACUCCUCCGCUGUCAGCGCCGUGUCCACGCCCUCCCUCCGACACCCGGCUCGGCAGCCCUCCGCGCGUAUCGCUUGGCCCCCCAGUCACCUUACGACCCCCUCUACCUCGUCCCUAAAUCCGUCGACCUCAGCGCCACCUCCGGCACGGGAUUCCUCGAUUCUCGGGGCGCGUUCGUUGUCCAUGUGCCCACCGCCAUCUACGUCUGGCUCGGCCGCGACAGCUGUCCCGCCAUGGCUGCCGCUGCCGCAACUGCCGCGCUCCAGGUCGUUCGCUACGAGCGCGCCGAGGGCCCUAUCACCACCGUCCACGAGGGUUCCGAGCCUGCAGUCUUCUGGGCCGCCCUCACCGACGAGCCCCCAUCCCCCGCCCCAGAAGGGCUUCUUGGGAACAGGACAGUGGAGCUAUAUGAUCUCGACUACGACAUCUUCCGCAGAGCCGCAGCGAGAGCCAGAGUGGCGCCGCCUCUCCCACUGCCGUGGGCAGGUGCCGGGAGAAGGCCCCCGGUGAAGGAGAAUGGUUGGGGUCGCCUGAGGCGCAAGUUUGCAGAGAAGGGCUGGAAGGAGAUCAUAAAGGCGGUGGUGGAGACCAGGAGUUUUAACAACGACGAACCGCAUGCAACGGAUACAAUUCGGUCCCCCGGGUCAUUCUCGGUCGAAUCAAGCGCCACACCAUCAUCCUCGUCGACGGACUCUGCUUCGAUUCUGUCCACCUUCUCGCCAAACUCGUCAUCGUCCUCAGAUUGGUACAAUUUAUCACCACCAAGGUCAGAAUUGCAUAGGAUGCCACAAACUGAGCUGAAUUCAGAGUUGCAACCUAUGGAUUCUGGAAACGUGAAGGGAAAGGAUUUGAGAUCAUUAGCUGAACGUAGGAGUAGCGAUGCUCCUUCUUUGGUUCUAUUACCAUCAGUUGGUGAUGCCGAUGAAAGAGCCUCUCCAACAGAUUUUGUAAGGGACUGGUGUCCAUCUCCUCCUUUUAUUUCUGAAGUGGAAGACGAUCAAGAAACUUUUGAUCUAGAGCGACGACUCUCAUUGGGUGCUUCUGAUCAGGGUGACGCUGCAGAAGAUGAAGCUUCUUGUGCCGAUGACCAUAACCAAGCAAUUCACCCUGUUCUUUUCCGGUGGCCAGAUAUGGAGAAAGUGGAAGAUGUUCAUCCUGGACUCCUUGACACCGAAUCAGUGUUCUUGUUGUUGGCAUCGGAAUCAAAAUCAGGUUCAAGAAAGCCAAGGACAAAAAAAAUCUAUGUGUGGCUAGGAAGAAAUAGUGGGAAGGAUAUUAGCGGAGUCAAGGAAGAACAUGAGCUUAUGUAUUUGGAUAGGGUUAGCACAGAAUUCUUCAAUCACAUGGGUAUUCCGGUGGACACUCCUGUACAGAUAAUUAGAGAGGGCCAGGAGCCAGAGCAAUUCCUGAAUCACCUCUUCUCAUUCCACCAAGCUACAGAACGCCAUCCGAGCUGAAGACACUCAGAACAAGGAACGAUGUGACGUUCCUUUGGACCACGGCCUAUGCUCAAGCCCUGUUGGAGGACAUGUACAGUGUUAUGUGCUCACCCAAUGUCACACUAAGUACAUGGGCAUAAGAUCCUCAGCCGUCACCCAAGGUGUGAAUGGAGCUGGACAGUAACAAGGCACAAAACCUUCAAGUAAAAGAUCGGUCUCCUGUUUUUUACUUGAGAAUAUAAUCAUGGUGGCAGGUUAUUUCAAGAGAUUUUACAUUGGACAGAAGAAGCUUGCCAAACUACAGUGAUCCUUUGCUGUAACUCUACCGCUGCGCUCGUCACUCAUCCAAGCAUGUCAGGUGUUUGAUGAGUGAUAACAACAUCACACGCCUUUUCCUGAAAGCUUAAUGGUCACCUAUCACGCGUCUUUCCAAGAUUUUGGAAGGACGGAAUGUGUGGGACAGCAAACUAGAUCACAAAAUAGAAAAGAGUAAUCAAAUAAACGAGAAGAGACUUGAAUCGUUCUGUUGGUGAUGGUUAUCCAUGAAUCCUCCACAUUGCUUAUGUGGAAGAGGUCCUAUCUAAAGAAGG